UCUUCCCAGCUCAGUCCACCGCUGCACCAUGGGACCGUCUCCUCUCCUGAUCUGCCUGCUAUGGGCGGCCAUGGUUAGUGUGACCGUGGCGCAAACCCCAAAGUUUCUGGUCGCUGCACCUCGCCUCCUACAUGUGGGUGUCAAGGAAGAUGUGUGGGUGCAGAUGGAGUGGAAAAAGGAGGACAGAGCACCAAAUGAUGUUUCUGUAGUGAUGUACCUGCGUAAUCAGAAGACCUUUGAGGACUGCUCACAACGUUACAGUUUAACUCUGCAGGCGAGGGACAACCAUAUUAAAAAACAGACUAUAGAGCUUACCCCCAGAUGGGCCACUACAUGUAAGUUGGAUGAACGAAGGAGUAGCAGGUAUGUCCAACUGAUUAUGACUAGUGCCGUCCUGGGAGCAAAACCAAACGUGGUGUCCAUACCUGUGUCCUUCAAAAGAGGCUACAUCUUCAUCCAGACUGACAAGAGCGUGUACAACCCCAAAGAAAACGUUCACUUCAGAGUGUUCACACUGGACCACAUGAUGAGACCCACAGAAGAAUCCAUCAUCAGCUCAGUGAUUAACGCGGAAGGUUUGCAAGUGAGUAAGAUCCAGAAGUUCUCCAAGUCCUCAGUUGUGACUGAAAAACUUGUGAUUCCGGAUAUUUCAAAAACGGGAGUGUGGCGAAUAUCGGCGUAUUUUGCCUCCGCUCCAGAAUCAAACUUCACCACAGAAUUUGAAGUGAAAAAAUAUGUUCUUCCAAAUUUUGAAGUGAAGAUCGUACCUGAACUCCCGUAUUUCCAGAUAAAUAAAGCGCAAUUUAGAAUCAAAGUGGAGGCCAGAUUUGUGUAUGGAGAAGCAGUAAAUGGCGUAGUCCAUGUGCGUGUCGGAAUAAUAGACCAAACUGGGAGGAAGACGAUGUUACAAGGCCUGGAACAGCAAGUCAAGAUGGAGGACGGAGAAGGUAGCAUCCAAAUAAGCAAAGAUGACAUCCUGAAGAAGAUUGCUCAGCCAGUGGAGAACUUGGUGGGGUCCACAUUCUACAUAACAACUACUGUAUUGGAGAAGGCUUCCGGAACUCUGGAAGAAAAGGAGCUCACCUCAGUAAAGUUUGUGACUUCCCCAUAUAACAUUGAUUUCUCCAAAACGAAGAAAUAUUACACCCCUGGGACCCCAACACAGAUUGUGGUAGAAGUAACUUAUACAGACGGCACACUGGCAAGGGGUGUCCCAAUUAAACUUCUGAAAGGGAGCACACUACUGAACUCCUUCAUAUCGGAUGAGGAUGGGAAGGCCGCCUUCCAGAUCAACACCAACGUAAAUGAGAAGUCCCUGGACCUUACGAUCAGAGCGGAAGGAAGUGACGGUCGUCAGGAGGAAACAAUACGUCUCACUCCCUAUACAUCGAAAACCAACAGCUUCCUUCACAUGGAAGUUCCCAGCCAGGUUCUGAGUCCCGGGGAAAGCAUAAAGGUCACUUUGAAGGUGGUUACUCCUCAGUCUGGGAGUGUCAGGAGAAUCUAUUACAUGGUGCUCAACAAAGGUCAGAUAAUGGAAUUGAAGUCCAUAGAGAAAAGUGAAUUCAUGGUGUUUUCUGUUACUGUUUCAACCAAACUGAUCCCCUCCUUUCGCAUUAUCGCCUACUACUACCUGGACUCUGAGACGGUAGCCAACUCCGUGUGGGUAGACGUCAGUGAUGUCUGUGAAGGAAAGCUACAAGUGAAGACGGAUGUAGCAGACUCUAGUAUUCUCCCGGGGUCACAAUUCAAGCUGACAAUGGAAACAGAUGAAUCAACAACGGUCUCCUUAUCUGCGGUGGACACGGCCGUGUACCUUCUGAAUUCCAAGAACAAGCUGACACCUGGCAAGGUGUUCAAGGCCAUGAACGAUUAUGACCUGGGCUGCAGUCCUGGAGGAGGGAGGGAUUCUAAUUCUGUCUUCAUGGACGCCGGCGUGGCCUUUGUCUCUUCAUCCGGGUACAGCGACCUGAGCGGAUUCGGCUGCCAGGUUUCUCAAAGAAAGAAAAGAUCGAUCGACUUCUUGGCACUCACCAAACAGAAAGCCGAUCAAUUUUCGCCAGAUCUGAAAAAAUGCUGCCAGAGCGGCAUGACCCUCCCACCAUCUCGCAUGACCAGAGAUUGCGCCAAGAGAGCUCAGCGUGUUGAAAGUAAUGAGUGUAAAAAUGCCUUCCAGGAAUGCUGUGAAUAUGCCGAGGACCUGCGCAAGAAGAUCACCAUCGAGAAGAGAAGGAAAAACACCAUUGGGAGGACCCAAAAGCAUGAUCAAAAUGAAGAAGAUUUUACAGAUGAAAAUGAAGUUCAGGUUCGCUCAAAGUUCCAAGAAACCUUCUUAUGGAGGACGGUCACGGUGAACAAAAAGCUCACUGAAACAGUCGCAGUCCCAGAUUCUAUUACCACAUGGGAGAUCCAAGCAAUCGGAAUGUCUUCAGGAAAAGGGUUUUGUGUGGCUAACCCCGUGAAGGUGAAAGUUUUCAAACCGUUCCACAUUUACUUGAGAGUUCCAUCGACGGUGAAGAGAUUUGAACAGAUUGAGCUGAGACCUGUACUGUAUAACUUCCAAGAACAAGACAUGCAGGUGAAAGUGUUUGUAGAGAAGACAGAGGGGAUGUGUACCCCCAGUACACCUGAAGGAGGCGCCGUACAGCAGAUUGUAACUUUGGCCAGCAAGUCAGCACUCUCCAUCCCAUUUUCAGUGGUUGCCAUUGGAAAGGAAAACCCGACCGUGACUGUCAAGGCGCUGGGACCAAUGGGCAUAUCGGACGGUGUGCGAAAAGUGCUUCAGCUCGAGAGAGAAGGUGUUCCAGUGGUUGAAGAGAAGACAUAUGUUUUGGAUCCUAAAGAUGCAUCCAGAAGACUUUUUCGAUUCGAUGAGGAGUUACCUUCGAAUGUGAUCCCAGAUGCUGAUUUCCGUUCUAGUGUGAUAAUUACCAUGGACAACCCAAUAAACACCAUUAAUAACAGCCUGAGCUCGGAUGGAGUGAGCAAGUUAAUCCGAGUCCCCUAUGGCUGUGCUGAACAGACUAUGAUCUCCACCGCUCCGGGGGUGUACGCCAUGCGCUACCUCGACCAUACCGAUAAGUGGUUAAAUCUCCCACCGGAUCGCAAGGACCAGGGGCUGGAGAACAUGAGAAAUGGAUACUCAAGAAUACUACAGUACAGGAAACCUGAUGGAUCAUACGGCGCCUGGAUAGAAAGAGCCAGCAGCACUUGGCUCACAUCUUUUGUGGUGAAAGUGAUGUCCUUAUGUCGUAAAUAUAUUGACGUUGAUGUGGAAGAGAUUCGGAAAUCUGUCACUUAUCUCAUCAGCAAGCAGACCAACGCUGGGGCUUUCCAGGAAACCAAAACAGUGAUCCACGAAGAUAUGAUGGGAGGUGUUUCCGGGAAGAACGCUGAAGUUUCGCUGACCGCUUACGUUCUGAUUGCUCUCCAUCAUUCUGAGGAAUCUCUUGCCGAAGAUGACACCAAAACGGAAGGCAGCAUCAGUAAAGCAAUUGAUUACCUGCGCACCUCGCUGGACUCCUUGUCUGAGCCGUUCCCCCUGGCUAUCACCACCUACGCCCUCGCUCUCACAUCCAAGGACACCACUUUGAAGAAAAAAGCCUACAACAAACUGCUAUCCAAAGCCCAAGAGUCUAAGACGGGUGAGCUGCAUUUUGGCCCUAAAGGUACAGCUAUUGCUGUUGAAACAACUUCAUAUGCUUUACUGGCGGCUCUGUCCCAGGACCAGAAGGACCUUACCAAUGCAAAACAUAUGUACACCUGGCUCUCCGAGCAGCAGAACUAUGGCGGGGGAUUUAAAUCUACCCAGGACACAGUCAUGGCGCUGGAAGCUCUCUCUGAAUACUGGAUCCUAAACUCUGACGUUGGCCGAACAGAGGAGUUAAAUGUGGAGAUUAAUUCCCUGGAAAGAUCUGAAAAACAGCAUUUCAUUCUCCGCAAUGAUGACGCCGUUCAGGAAGAGCUGAGAUCUAUGGGGAAAAAAUUUACAGUGAAGGUAUCUGGAAGAGGAACAGGAAUCCUAACGGUCCUCAAGAGGUAUAACAUCAUGCAAGUGGAGGACUCUGACUGCUCGCAGCUUGGGCUGGAGGUUGAGAUUUUUGGAGAUGAUCCUGUAGAGCAAUUGGAUUACAAUUAUGAAGAUGACUAUGAAGAAGAUACGAUGGCUGAUGAACCCCUGGAGAACAUUCACUGGCAUGACCUGCGCAGCAGAGCAAGAAGAGAGGUCUCCCAGCCCAAGGAGAAGCAAGUGAAAGUGGUCUACUCAGUAGGGUUGUGGAGAAAAGCCAAGGAUCGUGCCACUGGAAUGGCUAUUGUUGACAUCACCAUGCUAAGUGGCUUUGAACCCAGCAUACAGGAUCUGAACAAGCUGAAGGAAGGAGCGGAGAGAUACAUCAGCCAUUAUGAGAUCUAUGGGGGAAGACUUCUCAUGUACUUUGAUAAGGUCACCAGCGAACGGGAACUUGUGACAUUUGAGGCGUUUCAGACAGUGAAGGUGUCCCCCCUGCAGCCCGCCUCUGCCGUCUUGUAUGACUUUUACGAGCCAGGCAUCCAAUGCAGAGUGUUCUACAGCGCCCCCUCCAGGACCACCUUCAUUUCAAAGCUGUGCUCAGAAGAUGUGUGUCAGUGUGCAGAAGGUCCUUGUCCCACAUUAAGGAGGACCCUGUUCACAAAGAAGGAUGAUCGUCAAGAAUUUGCUUGUUACUCCCCACGUGUGAAGUAUGGCUACCGUGUGAAGGUGUUAGAAACGAACCCAGUGGAUGCGUUCAUAGUGUACACAGUUCAGAUGAUUGAAGUUCUGCAGAAAAGUGCAGACGAGCAUCUUGAAGCUGGAGACAUCCGAUACUUCUACCAGCGUGCGAGCUGUAAGAUGCAAAUUGAUACGGGCACAAAUGAGUAUCUGAUUAUGGGGCAAGAUGGAGAGACAACGGAUGAAAAGAACAGGUUGAGAUACGUCCUAGAAAACAAUUCUUGGGUGGAGGCGUUGGCUGGUCCAGAUGUCUGCAGGGCCACACUCAACCGUAACAAAUGCAUGGACGUGAAAAGCUUCAUGAUUGAUUACCGAGAAAAUGGCUGUAAGGUGUAAAGCACCUUAUUAACUUACCUGCAAUCUUGCUGUACUCAAGAGCUAACAUUCACUCACCUCUAAGCUUUCAGCCUACAACAGCUUGUCUUUUUCAAUGAAUAAAGUAUACUCAUUUCUUUCUACAUGA